UUUGGAAAAUGAUACACGACUUUUCUUUUCAAUUGGACGCAAUCUACCUCCACCUUUCGGGAUAGAAGUUACUUGUCGGACACCCUGUAUAUCUUCUGUCGCUCAAUGUGUUGUGUCGAUGAUAUCUGAGUGAUAUUACUUGUGCAAUCAAAGUGAUUACCCGUUCCACCGGACGAGUUAAUAGUUCCACUCGCUCAAGCUGGUUUCGCUCCAGCAUUUGCUGUCCCUCAUUUGCUUCAGGACUCGUCGUCUCUUCAUCGUUUUCUUCAUCAACGAUUUAUUGAACGACUUUCAGUUGUUCGAAUCACACCUGGUUUCUACUUUCAAACCACUGCAAACAUUUACCGGCACAAUGGCAACUCAAGCUGAUGUAACAGUAGAGAAGGUGACGGAUUCUUACGGCCUCUCCGAGGGUCCUCAUUGGAACCAUCGUACUCAAAAGUUAUACUUUGUUGAUAUCUACAAUCAGUACAUACGUAGACUAGACACCGCAACAGGCGUAGUGACCAGUGCGUACAUAGAGCACGGUCCUGUCGGAGUGGUUGUACCUGUGGAUGACACAACCGAUGCAUUCGUAGCGGGCUCUGGAAGAGAUCUUAUUCUCGUCACGUGGGACAGUGAUAGGGAUGACUCAAACGCUACAACCGAGGUACUGUGUCCCGUGGACACUACUCAUACUCAAACGAGGAUUAACGACGGAAAAGUUGAUUCAUUUGGAAGAUUUUGGCUGGGCACCAUGGCUAAUGAGGUGAAUGGACAGAUACUUCCUAAUCAAGGUUCGUUAUACUGCAUAGACGACGAGCUGAAACCUAAGGUGGAAGUAUCGCCCGUUUCGAUAAGUAACGGAUUAGGGUGGAACAUCGAGGAUGACACCUUUUAUUAUAUCGAUUCACCUACACGUCAGAUCGCGGCGUACAAUUACGAUCCGAAUGAAGGAACAAUAUCUAACAGGAGAAUUGUAUUCGAUUUGAACAAAACCGAUUUGCAAGGAGUGCCCGAUGGAAUGACCAUAGAUACAGAUGGGAAUUUAUGGAUAGCACUAUACGGUGGAAAGCACGUCAUCCAUGUGAAUCCGAAAACAGGAAAAAUGCUAGGUAAAGUUGAGCUCCCGGCCGACAAUGUAACCAGUGUCACAUUCGGUGGUCCGCUUCUCGAUAUUCUAUAUGCCACAACCUCCAGCAAUGGUUUAACCGCUGAGCAGCGGGAAGCGACUCCCCAAGCUGGUGCAGUUUUCGCGAUAAAAGGUUUGGGAGUUCGUGGAAUUCUUGCAAAUUCCUUCGUGAUGAACGGCUUAAAGCAGACUAUGAAUAACUAAUAAAACAUUAUAUAAGGAUACAUAAACUGACAUUUUGCUUUUCUUGUGGAGAUUUCUACAUUUACACGUAUUAUGAAAUUUUACAUAAUUAAAUAUUUUAAUAAAUAAUCUAAUAAAUUAUAAGCAAUAAUAUAUAAAUGUUAAAAAGCUGUGCUUCUGAGAAAUAUCUUUUCUGCAUAUUAUCUGCUAAAUAAAAUACUUGUGCAACAAAUUUUUUUAAUGUAAUUAAUUAGAAGCUGUUACGUUAUUAAAACUGUGUGUUCGAAACAAUUGCAAAAAUAAAGACGACAAACUGUAUAAUAUUGUAUACGUACAAGUACACCUUUGUAUUGACUUGUAAUCCGUUGACAACGACAAUUGUCUGCGAUAAUAUUGUAAUAUUGACUUUACUCAUUGUCAGUCAAUAUUAUUAAUUUAUUCAAUCAGUAUUAUUGCGAUGCAUUCUUAGAUUGCUGAGGCAGCAAAUAAAUUUAAAAGAUAUAUGGCUAUUACGCUCAAAAAUAAACAAUCAACUAUUAACAACUA